UUUAAGACAUAUAGUACGAUUUUGUUCCGUGACGAGAAAGAAAUACGCCUCUGUGUGUAGACGGUCGAAUUCCAAUGUGUAUAAAAGGCAGAAAAAUUAAUACAUGCGUUCUUUUGCAUUCGACACUUUAUAGAGGCUAUGGGAUUGCUCAAUACAGUGCUGCUAGUGUACUUUGCUGUAGUUGUCAGAACUGGUCAGAUGUUAGACUUCGAAUGUUAUCCAAAUUCGACGUUGAAGGUCGAAAAUCCCGGAAACUACUCAUCUGUAUUUGCCAGCAACAGUGCACAGAUCUGCACGACAACUUGGACUCAAGGAAAAACCCAUGUCUAUGUUAACAAUUGUAGGAUAGUAAGUGAAAUGCACAACCUGUCGUUUCGAAUGUUCAUUGAAGGCGAUGACAUUCUGCUGUCCUUCAGUAAUUUAGAUGCAGGCAUUAAUUACGUGUUUACCGGAAGCGCCAUCUUCAAAGUGAAUUGUGCUCAGAUUCCUGACAGUGGUGUUAAUAAGACUGUCAACAACAUCGCCGACAUAGGUUUUGGAAAGAACCACUCGGUACAUCAGAGUUUUAGCAUAACAUCUACACUUAGUGAAAACCUCACCACCAUGACUGCACCCUCGGAGCUCUAUGUAGGAACCCUGUUGUUCUGGAUUAUUGAAUCAGAAAUAGGUGAUUUCGAUAUGCGACCUGAGGAGUGUUGGGCUUAUGCUGGCAUGGCUGUUUUAGACAACGUAACGAAAAAAUACUUAAUAAACGACGGGUGUACAUUAGACGAAGGAUUAGUGCGUGAGUUUCAAUGGCAUGAUUCUGCUAAUGGAAGUAUGGUCUGGGCAGUGUUCUUUACCUUCAAGUUCUUCGGGUCUGACUAUGUAACACUACAGUGCAAAGUUCGAGUCUGCCCGAGGCCGUCAGAUGCCUGUAUUAUUAACUGUGACGGCAGAAAGAAACGACGACGUGCUGAUAACAGUGACGACGAACCGGCUGGUGGUAUAACCAGGGAUCAAGCAGACGACAUUGAUAACUCCGGUACAUACAGACUUACAACAACCAAAGUCAGAGUUAUAGAUGCACCGUACACACUUAUGUCUGAAUCAGCUUCCAUUGAGUCGGAGUGUAUAUGGUUGGUCUUAGUAUGGUUGGUGUUGAAGAUACUCUGAGAGGUUUCGGAGGUGAUUUGUCUGUACGUGUAUUCAUACGUCUCCUUACUAUAACUAUUAACUAUAUCUGGGUGACUGUACCUUACCUGUUCUGUUAACGAAUGUUUCAACAUCUUAUGUCACAUUCUUAUUAUAUGAGGGACUGAAAAUAAUGCUGUACAGCUGUAUGUUACUGCAAGUUGCGAUGUUUCGUGUUGUAAUUAUUUUAUAUGUGUCAUGUUUGUUAUGCUUACGGUUAAUUUCGAGCAUCAGGAAUGCUUGUUGUAUGUUUAUAUGUAAUAAAUGAUGUAGUGGACAUUCGCCAUAUUAGAUAUGCAAUGCUCUGUGUACCUGUCCGGUAUUGUACGGGUUUUACGGACCGAAUACACAAUCGCACGGAAAUUACCGAGUGUGAUUUCCAGUCUACAACCUUAAUCCUAAUUACUGUUUUACUUGCGUUUUUGAUUUUUGAUUUUUGUUUUCUUAUCGUUCCAUAGAUUAAGACACAGUUUUUUUUGUUUGAUUUCUUUUUAAUUUCAUUUGCAAAAGUUUGAAUUUUAGUUUAUUGUAUGUUUUGUAAUUUGUUAUGUUUGAAAUGUUUUAUGCCAUGACUUGGCACAUGCAUCAGAAAUGCUUGUUUUAUCAUGUUUAUAAAUGUACUUUAAACAUAAUAUUUUAUUUAUUUUCUUGCUUGUACUGAUUAUUUUGUUUCUUAGUGGACCAAGACAAAGAUGUGCCUAUCUGAAAUAAACUUAUAUUUUAGUUUUACUCGUG